CAGAAACGAAAAGACAGAAGAACUAGCCGUUAACUCACCACUUACGCUCGGAACGCCGAUUUCGCAAUCAAAUUCAAACCCCAACACUUGCAGUUUCUUCCCAAACACAACCUAUUCCACCAAACCCACAACUAAAUUGCCGAUUUCUUCUUCUCGUCUUUCAUUCUUUUGGUUUGGAAAGGACACACGAUUUGAUCUUCUACUCUUCUGUCCGUCGUUAUAGAUUUUGGUGUUUACGAGUGAAAGAUCGUAUCAAAUGGCAUCAAGAACGGUUGCUAAAGACAUAAUCACUCUUCGUGGAUCUGCUGCGAUUGUGAGCGAAUUCUUUGGUUACGCUGCGAACAGUAUUCUUUAUAACCGUGGGGUCUAUCCGGAAGAAAGCUUUGUGAAGGUGAAGAAAUAUGGGCUUCCCAUGUUGCUUACUCAAGAUGAGGGUGUCAAAUCUUUCAUGGCCAACCUGACCGCUCAGUUGUCUGUCUCGAGCCCUGCAGAGUGGCUUGAAGAGGGAAAGCUACAGAGGAUUGUUCUUGUGAUAAUGAGCAAAGUGUCCAGUGAGGUUCUGGAGAGGUGGAACUUCAGCAUUGAGACUGAUGGAGAGGUUGUGGAGAAGGGUGUGUCAAGGGAGAAGAGUGACAAAGAAAUCAUGAGAGAGAUACAAGCAAUCAUGCGACAAAUUGCUUCAAGCAUUACUUACUUGCCAUGCCUUGAUGAACCUUGUGUAUUUGAUGUGUUAGCAUACACUGAUAAAGAUGUUGCAGUACCAUUUACUUGGAUUGAGAGUGACCCAAAACUUAUUGCGAAUCCGCAAAUGGUGAAGUUGCAUUCUUUUGAUACCAAAAUCCACAAGGUGGACACUCUUGUAUCCUACAAGAAUGAUGAGUGGGAUGAGGAGUAAGGCUGUCAUUUCUUCCAGCAGCCUGAGUUUCUCUUCGACUUGAGCAAAGAUUGUGAAUAUGUUUGUUCACAUUUUGUAUGAUUUUUACAGGCUAGUGCUUGAGAUUGAUGUGUUUCUGUGAAGAACAAAUCUGUGUCUCUUUCAAGUGUCCAUAAAUAUCUACUCCCUUUCAGCUUUGUACUUUUUCUCUUUGAUUGUGUAGUGUAAUUGAUAAUUUUGACCGGGUUAUCCAGAAAGAGAAUGGGAACGGAAACUCAAACAUUGUAUUCUGUUCAUUCAAGGAAUCUGUAAAUGCUGCCUGACAAAGCCAA